AGCGGCGACACCGAAUUGAAAUACAUAUAUAUCCACAGCCGGCGGACUCCGGAGGCAGGAUACCCGAGGAAGGCGGACGCGGAACCCGGGGCGGGAGUUUUACGACAGCACGGAGCGGAGGGAAACACGGGAGCGUGGCAGGAGGGGGGGGACGCUCUAGCAAAUCCAACCGACACCGCACGCAGAAAUGGCGGAGCACCACGCAGCCAGCGACGGCAAGCACAAAGCGUCCACCAACGCCGGGGGCUCGGUGCACGGGAACAGCAGACCCGGCGCCGCGGGUGGAGGAGGAGGAGGAGGGGGCAAAGGAGGCCUGUCUGGCGGACUGACACAGCCAGCUGGGUGGCAGUCUUUACUCUCCUUUAGCAUUCUUUUCCUGGCCUGCCUGGCUGGAUUCAGCUCCAGACUUUUCGCGGUGAUCCGGUUCGAGAGCAUCAUCCACGAGUUUGAUCCAUGGUUCAACUACAGAUCAACACAUCAUCUCACCACCAAUGGCUUCUACGAGUUCCUCAACUGGUUCGACGAACGGGCCUGGUACCCUUUGGGCAGGAUCGUCGGAGGCACGGUGUACCCGGGGCUAAUGGUGACGGCGGGCCUCAUCCACUACGUGCUCAACUUGCUCCACAUCACCGUCCACAUCCGCGACGUGUGCGUCUUCCUGGCGCCGGUGUUCAGCGGGCUGACCGCCAUCUCCACCUUCCUGCUGACCCGGGAGCUGUGGAACCAGGGCGCGGGCCUGCUGGCGGCCUGCUUCAUCGCCAUCGUUCCCGGUUACAUCUCCCGCUCCGUCGCCGGCUCCUUUGACAACGAGGGCAUCGCCAUCUUCGCCCUGCAGUUCACCUACUACCUCUGGGUGAAGUCGGUGAAGACGGGUUCGGUAUUCUGGACCAUCGGCUGCUGUCUCUCCUACUUCUACAUGGUGUCAGCGUGGGGAGGUUACGUCUUCAUCAUCAACCUUAUUCCUCUGCAUGUGUUCGUGCUGCUGCUGAUGCAACGCUACAGCCGGAGAGUCUACAUCGCUUACAGCACCUUCUACAUCGUGGGGCUCAUCCUGUCGAUGCAGAUCCCGUUCGUCGGCUUCCAGCCAAUCAGGACCAGCGAGCACAUGGCUGCUGCCGGUGUGUUUGCGCUCCUCCAGGCCUAUGCUUUCCUGCAGUACCUGAAGGACCGGCUGACCAGACAGGAGUUCCAGACGCUGUUCUUCCUCGGGGUCUCGCUCGCCGCCUGCGUGGUCUUCCUCACCGUCAUCUAUCUCACUUACACAGGAUACAUCGCUCCGUGGAGUGGUCGCUUCUACUCUCUCUGGGACACCGGCUACGCUAAGAUCCACAUCCCCAUCAUAGCGUCUGUUUCAGAGCACCAGCCGACAACGUGGGUGUCCUUCUUCUUUGACCUCCACAUCCUGGUGUGCACCUUCCCAGCAGGCCUCUGGUUCUGCAUCAAGAACAUCAAUGAUGAGCGCGUGUUCGUGGCCCUGUACGCCAUCAGCGCCGUCUACUUCGCCGGCGUGAUGGUGCGUCUGAUGCUGACGCUGACUCCGGUGGUGUGCAUGCUCUCGGCGGUGGCUUUCUCCAGCGUCUUCGAGCACUACAUGGGAGACGACACCAAGAGGGAGAAGCCUCCCGCCGAAGACAGUAGCGACGAGGAUGACAAGAGGAACUCUGGGAAUCUCUACGACAAGGCCGGCAAGGUGCGCAAGCAUGUGUCGGAGCAGGAGAAGGCCGAGGAGGGUCUGGGGCCCAACAUCAAGUCCAUCGUCACCAUGCUCAUGCUGAUGCUGCUCAUGAUGUUUGCCGUCCACUGCACCUGGGUCACCAGCAACGCCUACUCCAGCCCCAGCGUUGUGCUCGCCUCGUACAACCACGACGGGACGCGCAACAUCCUGGAUGACUUCAGGGAGGCCUACUACUGGCUGAGGCAGAACACGGACGAGCACGCUCGCGUCAUGUCGUGGUGGGAUUACGGCUACCAGAUAGCCGGCAUGGCCAACAGGACCACGCUGGUGGACAACAACACGUGGAACAACAGCCACAUAGCGCUGGUGGGGAAAGCCAUGUCGUCCAACGAGAGCGCCGCCUACAAGAUUAUGAGGUCGCUGGACGUGGAUUACGUGCUGAUCAUCUUCGGGGGCGUGAUCGGCUACUCGGGCGACGACAUAAACAAGUUCCUGUGGAUGGUGAGGAUAGCGGAAGGAGAGCACCCGAAGGACAUCAGGGAGAGCGACUACUUCACCCCGCAGGGAGAAUUCAGAGUGGACAAGGCCGGUUCGCCGACUCUGCUCAACUGCCUCAUGUACAAGAUGUCCUAUUAUCGAUUUGGUGAAAUGCAGCUGGACUUCAGGACACCGCCGGGCUUCGACCGGACGCGCAACGCCGAGAUCGGCAACAAGGACAUCAAGUUCAAGCACCUGGAGGAGGCGUUCACUUCGGAGCACUGGCUGGUCAGGAUCUACAAGGUGAAGAACCUGGACAACAGAGAGCCGCUGGACCACAAGCUUCGCAGCGUGGUGCCCAAACAGAAGUACACCUCCAAAAAGACCGCCAAGAGGAAGCGAGGACACAUCAAGAACAAACUCGUUCUCAAGAAGGGCAGGAAACUCCAAAAAAAAUAACGGCGACAACGACGAACUCUAGGAAAACAAACAAAACGCGAAGAAACCUCUAACAACCAAUGAAGAAGAAGAAGAAGAACAGUGGGGCCGUUCACCUGGCACUUGGUCUCGAGCGCUUCUCGUUAGAGCGCCCUCAUGUGUUGAGGAAGUGUCACAUCUGGCUGCGCUCCAGAACCGUUGUCCGUUUUAUCCUGAGGACGUCUGUCUGUCUUGCUUUUUUUUCUCUCUCUCUCUCUCUCUCUCUCUCUCUCUCUCUGGUUUUUGUUUUGUUUUUUACUUGAAUGUGCGACAAGGCAUAGGGCUGCUCUACUCGGUUCGAUUCUUUUCCGUGGUAUUAUGUUAAUUAACUGCUCAUCAGUCCAGGGAUCGGGGCGGAGGAGGAAGCGAGAGGAGGAGGAACAUUUGCACCAAAGACCCAUCGACCUUGCUCCACGGCACAUGUGAACUCAUCACUGAGAGCGAGGCGUGAACGCUGAGGACUGUUCCUGACUCGUGUACAGAGGACGGUAUGCGGUAUGGAGGAACACGGCCCACCUGUAAUAUUAACCCUCCCGUCACAUCCUUUCUGUCUGCCUGGCUCCCCCCACCCUGAGUUUUCAACAGAUUCUUUAGGAAAGAAAUUGGCCUAAUGUGUAAAUAUGUGAUGUAAAGAAAAUGUCUAAAAGGAUGAUAAUAUAUUGGAUUGUUGUGGUGACUUUUAAA